AUGCACCAUCCACAUCAAUAUAAUCCGUACGCAAUCCCAAAUAGUUAUCUUCGAAAAUCCACUUCCUAUGUUCAACAGCAGUCAUGCUAUUUAAAUGAUUCUACUGGAAAUAACACAUCUUCAUCCAGUCCUAGUUCAAAUAAUAGUUCAAAUCCACUUCAUUCAUCAUCCUAUUACGGACUCGAUUUAUCUCACAAUUUGAAAAAUCCAUCACGACCAGAAAGUCGACAUAGUAUUGAAAAUAGUCCAUCACCCCCUAUCACAGCAACAUCAUCAACAAUUCUGACCGAUAUUAGAAAUUCAUCAUCGUACAAUAACAACAUAAACACAACAUCACUAUUGAAUAUAAAAACACCAUCUAAUUCCAAUUUAAAAAAUCAUCUUGGUCUACCACCAACAUUAAUUUCACCAUUGUCAUCAGAAUAUUCAUCAAAUUCACUGCCACCAAAAAAACGCGUUCGACCCGUACCACAGGAACAAAAGGAUACAGCAUAUUUUGAAAAACGUGCACGAAAUAAUGAAUCGGCUAAACGUAGUCGAGAUGCACGACGUCAAAAAGAACAACAAAUACAAGAACGAGUAUGUUUUCUAGAACAUGAAAACUUUCAAUUAAAAACUGAAAAUGCUAUGCUAAGACAUGAACUACAACGUUUACAUGCAUUUUAUCCAAAAUAA